UAUAUUAUUAAUUAAUAAAAAAAAUUUUAUUAAAACAAAAAUGGCUGUGUUUUUAACCAGUAAAUCUACGAUAUUUCAACCAAUUUUAAGAAAUCUUUUUAAAGUAUCGGCAUGUAAUUUGAAUUUAUUGGAAUACCAAAGUAAAAAUUUGCUUGAAGAACAUGAUAUUGAAAUACAAAAAUUUGUACUGAUUGACAGUCCCAAAGAUAUUGAGAAAAAUCUUAAACAAUUUCAAGCUAAAGAAUACGUAAUUAAAGCUCAAGUUUUAGCCGGUGGUCGUGGAAAAGGAUAUUUUGAUAAUGGAUUCAAAAGUGGGGUACAUAUCACAAAAGAUCGUAAGGCGAUUGAGAAAAUUGUGGAAAACAUGAUUGGACAUCGUUUAAUUACCAAACAAACACCCAAAGAGGGUAUAUUGGUAUCGAAAGUAAUGGUUGGUGAGAGUGUAAAUAUCAUACGUGAAACAUAUCUUUGUAUAUUAUUGGAUCGUCAAGCGAAUGGACCCGUCAUUGUGGCAUCACCCGCCGGUGGUGUUGAUAUUGAAGCCGUUGCCGAGAAAACACCGGAAUUAUUGAAAGUUACACCAAUUGACAUUAACAAAGGUGUUACUGAUGAAAUCGCAUCAGAAGUCGCUGAUUUCUUAAAAUUUUCUGGUGAUCUAAAGAAACAAGCAAUGAAACAAAUAAAAAAUUUAUACGAAUUAUUCGUAACCGCUGAUUGUGUCCAAUUAGAAAUCAACCCCCUAGUUGAAACAGACGAUAAUAAAGUAAUCUGCGUUGAUGCAAAAUUAAAUUUCGAUGAUAACGCCGCAUUUCGACAAAAGAAAUUAUUCGCACAAGAAGAUACAUCCGAAAGUGAUCCCCGUGAAAUUGAAGCUGCCAAAUGGAAUUUGAAUUAUAUCCAAUUGGAUGGAAAUAUUGGGUGUUUGGUGAAUGGAGCCGGUCUUGCCAUGGCUACCAUGGACAUUAUCAAGUUACAUGGUGGUAAUCCAGCCAAUUUUCUAGACGUAGGUGGUUCAGUUCAAGAGAAUCAAGUUAAAGCUGCUUUUGAUAUCCUGCAGCAGGAUAAAAACCUUAAAGCAAUCCUUGUAAAUAUUUUUGGAGGCAUUGUGAAUUGUGCCACAAUUGCCAACGGUAUUGUAAACGCGUCACGUGGUACAAAACUUCGAGUGCCCUUAAUUGUCCGUUUAGAGGGUACUAAUGUUACAGCAGCGAAAAAAAUUAUCGCCGAAUCUGGUUUGCCAAUAAUUAGUGCAAAUGAUUUGGAAGACGCUGCUCAAAAAGCCGUACAAAGCAUAUCGUAAUAAUUAAGUUCCUACAAAAAUAAUUAUGGAUGCUAUUUUUAAUUCAAAAAAGAAGAAAACUGUUCAUAUUUUCACAGAAAAUUUAGUAUUUUAAGAAUAAUAUCACACUAACGAAAAAUUUACGCUCAAAUGUUAAAAUUUUUAUUGUUAAGCAUGU